UGUCCAUGUUUGUGUACAACAGGUUCCAGUUACACAGAAUUAAGUAUUAUGGCGCAAACUAACAUCAAAAAACUUUGAUGUCCACAGGUCUUUUGAGGUUUAGUGAUUAAUACAGAAAGCACCUUUUCAAGGUUUGUAGAAAACAACCUGAACCAUUUUUAGUCCAAUGACUGCAUGCAUGGACGGAAACUCUAAUAUAAGAUUUGACAUCCUGCACACCUCCCCCUCUGUUAUUACUUUUGUAAAACAGAGGAACUAUUACAACCUCAUCUUUGAAACAGACAAGCGCAAUGGAUGUGAUCACUAAAGAGGGUGCGCUUUACUUGCAAGGAGUCAAGUUUGGGAAGAAGGUAUGGAGGAAAACUUGGUUGAUUUUGUUUGACCCCAGCUCUCCAGGGACUGGUCGAAUAGAGUUGUAUGACACGCGUGAGGGAAGGGGACCUUUGGGGUCUGGCACUACGAGACCCGCCGGACUCAAGAAGACGGAUAAACGGAUGAUUCGCCUUUCGGACUGUCUGAGCAUUACUCCGGCCCCAGAUGAAAGCUGUCCUGUGGAUUGCUCCGCCUUCUUUUUAAACACCACCUCGCGCACCUACACCAUCGCUGCUCCCACCAAUGAGGGAUGGAUGUCGGCUCUGUGCCAGCUGGCAUUCCAGAGGAGCGAUGAAGAUACAGGGGAAUCCCAGAGAGAUAAAUGCAUACCUCUGGCUGACAAUGAACUGUAUUCCAGCUGGGGUGCAGGCCAGUUCCAGGUAAAGGUACAGAACACAGAUGCGUCUCAAAGGUGCGGUAUGUCUGGCUCAUACCUGCUUUCUGUUAAGAAAGAUGUUAUUUCCUUGCUGGAUCUCAAGACGGGACAGGCCAUCCACAGCUGGUCCUAUAGGGUCCUCAGGAGAUUUGGCCAAGUCAAGGGAGGGAUUGCAUUUGAGGUUGGUCGGCAGUGUCAGACGGGGGUGGGUCAUUUCAUUUUUUUGUCAAAUCAGAGUUCACACAUUCACAAGACUAUUGAAGAGGCCGUCAUGCACCACAGCGUCCAGGAACUGUUGGCAGAAGCCAGUGCACCACCACAAGAUCCUGCGCCCAAGCCGCCCCCGCCUGAUAAGAUAACACAGGACAGAUCUAAAGUGAAUAAGCUUCCUCCAAUCAAAACUAACCAGAACAGACCGUACCAGCCAGUGCCACGCAAAAAAGGGCAAAAAAUACAUAAAGCCAUUGAAGAUGCUCUCAUGAACCAAAGUGUUGCAAACCUGCCGGCACCACCCACUGCUCAUAGAAAAGACCCUCUACCUCCACCACCCUCAGUCAAACCCAAACCACAAGAUAGACGUAAGGAUAAAACUACGGCAACUUAUCAUCCACCGAAUCACGAAAGACUAUGCCCACCGGUAAUACAGACACAAACGCAACUGACAAACAGCUCAGAUGACAAUUUUCACAUAUACAGCAAUUUCCAAGAACCUCAGGCACAAUCCGACUCUCGAUCGCUACCCUGUGUGCCGGUAUCACAAAGAAACUUGCCAGGUAUUCCUUCUAUCAAUAGCCCUCUGAACUGCCCAGGUGAUGUCUUGUAUGCCUGCAUAAAAACAACACCAAAUCCAAGAUCAAAUGCGAAUCUCCCGAAAGUUCCAACACCUCCUAGUCCACCAACACACUUCAGAGUUUACAUCAAUGAGUAUACAGAAGUAAGGAUUAAUCAAAAGUGGAAUUCAUUACAAGAACCGUCCGAGAACAAAGAUGAGGACAAUCCCUACAUGAACUGGAUGGUUAAGACCAAUGUUGAACAGGACCAACCUCAUACUGAUGUUAUAUACAGCACUGUGAAUUACGCAGCGAAGGUUAAGAAUCGAAAUUCUGACAUUGAUGAUCAAGAGCGUUUCAACAUCGACCAGCAGCCUUCUGUUAUCAAUUCCACCAUUGACUUUGAAAACCCCGUCGACUUUAAACAGACUCUGUCCAACAUCUUGUUAAAAGAGCGGUGCAAAAUACCUUCCCCAUAUCCUGGCAGGUCACUUGGAGGAAGUUCUGAUGGCUUAGAUAGAAGAGAAGAUGAGAUGACUCAUUGAAUUUUUUGUGUAUAUAGUUGUGGUCAGGGGUGUGGCAUAAAUACACAGGGCCAAAUUGUUAUGGUACCUAAGAAUGAUUAAAAUAGUGUUCCUGGAGCUUAGUUAGAUUGUUGUGUUAGCAGCGCAAAGGUCAUGGGCUCAAUCGCAAUGAUCACACAUACUAAUAAAAUAUAUAGCUCAUAAGUCGCUUGGGACUAUUAAAUAUCCUGGGUUAUUUUCAACCCAGCACUUGGUCAAAAAAAAGACGAGUUGUAAUUUAGCAUGCUUAGUGGUUGUUUUAACCCAUAAUACUGGGUUGGUGGGUCAAAUAUAAAGAUUUUCUGGUUUAAUUUCAACCCAGCUGCUGGGUUUAUCCCUUUUAACCCAACGCUGAGUUGAAAAUAACCCAGCAUUUUUUAGAUUGUAUACACGGAAAUAUGCUGGGUUAUUUUCCACCCAAUGUUGGGUCAAAAAGGGACAAACCCAGCCGUUAGGUUACAAUUACCAAAGAAAAUAUUUGACCCAACAACCCAGUAUUUUUGGUUAAAACAAACAACCCAGCAUAGGUUAAAUUAAAUUGCAGCAGGUUGGGUUCAUUCCCUUUGCCCCAACGCUGGGUUGAAAACACACACACACACACACACACACACACACACACACACACAUAUAUACAUAGAGUUUAAAGAAAUUAGCGCCCUGAUUUUUAUGAAAAGUAAUAUGUGUAGUUUGUAAGUCUAUGCUCAAAAAGUAUUAUAUCAUUCUCAUAAUCUAACCCUUUCAGCCAAUCAGAUAUACUUAACCGACUGUACCCUAUUUUUAUGUUUCUAGAUUAUUUUAUUACUUUUUUGAACCAAAAGAAUAAUUUGAAAAAGAAUGUAUGAAAAACAACUCUUUAUUAAAAUUUGUGAGGUAAUAAAAAUCAGAUAAAUAGCACAGUCUGUUAUUAAUGGACAUAUGAUAUGAAAAAUCCAAAGUUAGGCAAGGAUCUGUCAAU